UUGCACGUCAUCGGCGCGGGAACUUUUGUUUACCCAACUAGCGGAGCGUUAUGUCGAUACACUUUAUGUCUAUCUAUAAAUAUAAUAUAUUUAUAUUAUCUAUCAAUUAGACUACAGACCCGACUUCUCAGAUGCGUGUGUGUGGGUUCCAGGUGUAGGUGAUGGAGGAGUAGGUGAUGGAGGUGGACAUUAUAGAGUUCAAAGCGCCGACGGAAAGCAACAAAGCUCUCUUCAUAUGGGACCUCCAGGCCGGCUACAGCCACGCCUACAUCUAUGAGAGGGUGUCCUCUGCGUUCUCCUCCUUCGGACCCCUCUUCCUGGUCAAGGUGCUCCCCAACUCUCCCUCUGUGUCUCCUGGCUUCUACUCGCUGGUGAAGUUCUACUGCUCCAGACACGCCCUGCAGGCCCAGAGAUCUACUGAUGGAACCCUCCUGUUCCAGAGCACUCCUGUCAAGGUAAGACUGAGUACCCGACAGGCUCCCUUCCUCCAAUUUGACAACCAGCUGCUAAGCCACUCCCGCUGCCUGGAACUGGCCAAUCACUGCCUGGGCUUCAACGGCUGGUCCACACGCAUCAUUAAUCUGAAAGUGUUGCCUUCUGAUUCUCUGGAAGAGGGGCAGGGCCAUGAGGCCAGUGGGAGGAGCCAGGACGUAAGUGGGAGGAGCCAGGAGGUCAGUGGGAGGAGCCAGACGACGCUGCGCUAUGGGUGUUUACUGGAGCUGUCGUUUCCCCAACAUGGCGUUUCAACAAGAGGAGUGGCCGUCAUAGAGGAGACCUUCUCCCUGUCUGGGCCAGCAGUGUGUAUGCAGAAACACAGUAAGCUCCAGAGAUGGGUCAGAGACAAGGCCUUAGUACACGCCUUCAGCUCAGUACUGCUAAUACUACUAGGAGAUGGACGUGUGAUGGUGGAGCUGAGACCAGGAGACCAGCUUCGACUUGAAGACCAACCUGAUGAGGUCAUCAAGGUGAAUGAGUUAGUCACUGAGCCUGAGGAAGAGGAGCCAGCUGACCUCGCCUUCUCCUGAUUCAUUCAAAUAAGGACUCCUGAAGCCCUACGCCCAAAUAAGUACUCCUGAAGCCCUACGCCCAAAUAAGGAACCCAGAAACCCUAUAUCCAAAUAAGGACUCCUGAAGCCCUACGCCCAAAUAUGGACACCUGAAGCCCUAGGCCCAAAUAAGUUCAUCCGAAGUCCUGCGCCCAAAUAAGAACUCCUGAAGCCCUAUGCCCAAAUAAGAUCUCCUGAAGCCUUAUGCCCAAAUAAGGACCCCUGAAGCCCUACGCCCAAAUAAGGACUCCUGAAGACCUACGACCAAAUAAGGACCCCUGAAGCCCUAUGCCCAAAUAAGGACUGAUGAAGCCCUACACCAAAUAAGGAUAUCAGAUCGGUUUGCCCACUGAAGGAAUCUGAAUCUAUCUAUAAAGACAUCUAAAUCUGUACGUCCAUUAAGGCUCUUCACUGCCACCUUCCAAAUAAAGUUUUCAA